ACAGGAGACAUGAAAAUGGCGCAUCUUCAAUUGAGUUUGUAGAGACUUCGAAAGCUCAGAAACCCUGCAUCAAUGGCUGAAAUGGAAGUCAACAUCACUUCUUUGUUCUUUCUCUUCACAAUCUUCCUUUUCUUUGCUCGAUCCGCUUCAUCCUCACCGUACAAUCAUCGUUACGAACCAGGGGAUCUCGUCCCCUUAUUCGUCAACAAAGUGGGGCCCGUUAACAACCCCAGUGAGACCUAUCAGUAUUAUGACUUGCCAUUCUGCCGUCCAGAUUCUAUAAUCUGGAAGAAGGAAUCUUUUGGGGAAGUCCUUAAUGGUGACCGUCUGGCUAUUGCUUUAUAUGAGUUGAACUUCAUGGAACAAAAAACAGGAACUAUUCUUUGCUCAAAGAAGCUUAAUGGAUAUGAAGUUGCGAAGCUCAGAAAUGCUGUUUUUAAUGACUUUUACUUCCAGAUGUACUAUGAUGGUCUUCCAUUGUGGGGUUAUGUUGGUAAAAUCGAAGAAGACAGCAGGUCACUUAGUGAAAAGAGGAGCAAGUUUUUUCUAUUCACACAUGUGCAGUUUGAUGCUCUUUACAAUGGCAACCAGAUCAUAGAAAUAUGUGCUUUUAGUGACCCAAAUCAUAUUGUGGAUAUAACAGAAGAUGUUGACAUCAAUGUUAAAUUCACUUAUUCAGUCUCCUGGAAUGAAACAGAAGAUCAGUUUGAGACAAGAAUGGACAAAUAUUCAAGAGCUUCAUUACUCCCAGUCCACCACCAGAUUCAUUGGUUCUCAUUUAUCAAUUCAGUUGUCAUCAUUGUGCUCUUGAUGGGAUUGCUUGUUUUGCUUUUCAUGCGGCACCUCAAGAAUGAUCUGAUGAAAUGUUCUGAUGGAGAUGAAGAAGAAGAUAAGGAGGUUGGUUGGAAAUAUAUUCACGGUGAUGUGUUCAGAUUUCCUCGAAACAUGUCCUUAUUCUCUGCUGUCUUGGGUGUAGGUAACCAGCUUCUGACCAUGGUUUUUUUCUUAUUUGUAUUAGCAUUUCUUGGUGUCCUCUAUCCGUACAAUCGUGGGCUGCUGUUUACUUCUCUUAUCCUUCUAUAUACUCUGACAUCUGUGGUUGCUGGGUAUACUGCUACUUCUUUCCAUAGUCAGUUUUCAAAUACUGGAUGGGAAAGGAGUGUUCUACUGUCUGGGAUUCUAUAUGUGGGUCCAGUUUCUGUGACCGUUUUCGUUCUUAACACAGUUGCUGCAUCUUAUGGGGCCACGGCUGCACUUCCAUUUGGCACCAUUAUAGUGAUCAUUCUCAUCUAUACCUUUCUCGCUGUCCCACUGCUUGCCUUGGGAGGGAUAAUUGGAUACCGUUUUAGGUCUGAAUUUCAAGCACCAUGUGCCACAAAGAGAGUCCCCAGAGAAAUCCCACCGCUGACUUGGUAUCAGAAGACACCUUGUCAAAUGUUUCUUGUGGGUCUCUUAUCUUUUAGUGCAAUUGCCCUUGAGUUACACCACUUGUAUGCAAGCUUGUGGGGCUACAAAAUAUAUACUCUUCCCGGCAUUUUGUUUGUAAUGUUCGUUGUCCUCAUAAUGCUUACUGUUAUGUUGAGUGUUGGUUUGACAUACAUUCAACUCUCCCUGGAGAACCACGAAUGGUGGUGGAGAUCUAUAUUUUGUGGGGGAUCGACUGCCAUUUUCAUGUUUGCAUAUGGCAUCUACUUCUAUAUCAGAUCAAAUAUGAGUGGUUUUAUGCAGUUAGUUUUCUUUCUUGGCUAUAAUGCUGUCAUGUGUUACGGUUUCUUUUUUAUUUUCGGAAUAAUCAGUUUUCGAGCUUCCUUGAUGUUUGUUCGCCGAAUUUACCAUGCUGUUAAGAGUGAAUGAGGAUGCUAUGCAUUUCAUUGUCACUGUCCAUCUUUGGUUCAUUUUGUCCCAUUCUCCAACAACAAUACAAAAAGGGGGACAGGGAGGAAUCAAUGGAGAAACAUCUUCGAAUUUGCCCAGUCAUUGAUGAAAUAGACAUGAAUACACAAAUCAUUAUGCGCUUUCAUCUUCAUAAGAUAAAUAUUUUCUGUUACUGAUUCACUGUCUGUCUUUUAACAACAAUGCAGCAUUCUGAUAUGCGCUUUCAAAGUACAAACACACUGAGUUUUGAUUUUUCUAAUAGGAUGAGUCCAAUUUAGAACAGUGUAAAAGCAUGAAACAAAAAUGUACAUACAAUUGUGCUUUACUAAUAUGCAUCUGUUAUAAUGUCUUGCAGAGAGACUUGAGAA